GGGGCGGGAGGGAGCCCUGGGGUGCGGGUCGGGAGGCCGGGCUGCGCGGUGCCACGUGCGGGAGGGAGCGGCGGACUGCACAUCCAGGCGGCACCCGGCGGGGCGGCGGCGCCCGCGGACCCAGCCAGCGGCUUGUACUUUCCUCCCCCCCGACCACACAGUCAUUAUGCCGAAGAGAAAGUCUCCAGAGAAUGCAGAGGGCAAAGAUGGACCCAAAGUAACCAAACGGGAGCCCACAAGACGGUCUGCCAGGCUAUCUGCAAAACCUGCUCCGCCACCCAAACCUGAGCCUAAACCAAGGAAGACAUCUGCUAAGAAAGAACCUGGAGCAAAGACUAGCAGAGGAGCCAAAGGGAAGAAGGAGGAGAAGCAGGAAGUUGGAAAGGAAGCCGCUGCCCCAUCUGAAAAUGGUGAAACCAAAGCUAAAGAGGCACAGAAAACUGAAUCUAUAGAUAACGAAGGAGAAUAAAUUGCCAUGGAAAAUUGGGGGUGAUUUUAUUUACCUCUUGGGACAACUUUUAAAAGCUAUUUUUACCAAGUAUUUUGUAAAUGCUAAUUUUUUUAGGACUCUACUAGUUGGCAAAUAGUAUAUAUAAAGAUGGAUAUUCGACCCUCUUGUAAUCAUGCUUUUUUGGAAAUUUUCAUCAUUCUCAAGUAAAAUAAAUACCUAUCUAAUAAUUGGAAA